AUGCGCUUCAAGCACUUCCUCGCUCUAUCAGACCCACGUCUUUACACCCUCACCAACUUCCGCGUCCGCUCCCAUUGGCGCACCAUGGCCGCCGCCCCGCCCCCAGAUCGCCCGAUAAAGCUGCUGAUGCUCCAUGGCUACACGCAAUCAGGAUCACUAUUCCAAGCCAAGACCGGCGCACUGCGCAAGACAUUACAGAAAGCCUUCCCCAAAGGCAUCGAACUCGUAUAUCCUACUGCGCCCAUUCGUUUAACACCCGCCGACGAAUCGUUCCUCGCGGGAAACACAAGUAAAGAUGGCGAGGGUAAAGAUACAAAGGAUGGAGAGGAGCAGGAAAUCGACGCAUGGGCUUGGUGGAGGAGAAAAGGCACAGGAGAACCAUACACAUACGAAGGCAUGGAGCAAGGGUUGGAGCGCAUCGCAAGCGUGUUGAAAGAACAAGGUCCUUUUGACGGUGUCGUGGGAUUCUCACAAGGUGGAGCAGCGGCAGCUAUGGUCGCGAGUUUGCUCGAGCCAGGCCGUCGCGCCGCAUUUGAGAAGCUGUAUCCUGAGGGCGGUAUGAGGUUCCCAGAGUCUUUCGAAGAGGACACCGGGUACAUGGAGGGCACAAUACAUCCGCCACUCAAGUUUGCGGUCAGCUAUAGCGGUUUCGCAGCCCGUGGAAAGAACCCUUAUCACGCGUUCUAUGAGCCUAAGAUCAAGACACCGAUGCUGCAUUUCUUGGGUACGCAGGACGUCGUGGUUGAGGAGGCGCGGAGUCUGGCAUUGGUCCAGGCUUGCGAGCACAGCGAGGAGAAGUACGUUGUGUAUCACCCCGGGGGUCACUUUCUACCGAGCACGCAGAAAGCUAGUGUGAAUGCGUUGAUCGGGUUUAUCAAGGAAGUUUUGCACGAACAGCAGGGUGGUGGAAAGAAGGAAGAGGAGAGUGUUGAGGAUAUGGAUGUGCCGUUCUAA